AUGUUGGAAUUUUACUUGGAGGAACAAGCCAGAAGUGCGGGGAGCCGCAGUCCCGAGAUCCAGCGCCAGCGACGGGCGGAGCCCUCGCGAGGUGAGCGAUGCGAUCGGCGGAGCGAGACUCCAGAGUUGGAGCUCAUGGCGUCCCCAUUCACAAGCCCCAUGGCAUCCCCAAGGAGCGAGUGGUCCUCGUGGGCGUCUCCUCGAAGAAGACGGGAGCCGGAAGUGUCGCCAGGAGCAACGGAGGAGGAGGACAGCGACGACAGCGACGUGGUGGUGGUCUCCGUCGAGCCGGCUCCGAGGAGAGCCGAGCUCCUGAGAUUGCAGCUCAACGACGAGGAGAAGCGGGCACGGGAGCAGGAGCUGCGACGCGACGCAGCGUUCCUCGGCAUCGCCAUCCGAUCGGCGGAGCGCUAUUUGCCACAGCCGGCAGCGACACCAGCAGCGCGGCCACCAGCCGAGACCGUGCGGAGGAGCCAGAUGGAGCAGCAGCGCAACCGGCGAGCAGCAGCAGAGGCGCGACGCGAGGAGGAGCGACGACGCAAAGAGGAGCGGCGACAUGAGGAGGAGGCCCGAAGCAAGGCAGCGGAGAAGGCGCAAAGGGAGGCGGCGCUGAACAAGGCCAUGAUGCGGGAAGCAUAUGCCGCCCUGCAACGGCAGAUGGAGGCCGCGCGGCGGGAAGCCGAAGCUCACGAGAGGAUCGAGGAGGAGGCUCCGCCUCCUCCGAGGUUCCUCAAGGUGAGGACGGGUCUGUUUAGCGGACCGGCGGGGCAGCAGCAUCCCAAACAGGUUAUCCACAUAACGUGGGCGUCGGGACCCGCACCAUCGGAAGCGCAGGAGGAACGGAAGGUAUGGGAGGAGGAACCGGCCACGCGAAGCAACGCGCGUGAUCCACGACAGCACCGGAGGCAGGCAGAGGCCAUGAUGGCAGAGGAGACGGCGUCGGAGGAGCGGGAGCCAGCGGCAGCGAAGGCACCGGCUGCGACGGCGACAGAGGCACCGACAGCGGCAGCAACGGAUGGGGCGGCAGCGACGGAAGAGGCGGCAGCGCCAGCGACGGCGACGGCAACGGAAAUACCGGCAGCGGCGACGGAGGUACCGGCAGCGAACACGGAAGUGCGACAAUCGUCGUGCCCGGAUCCCAGGGCUGAGGUCGCCCGGCCGCAGCUGCAGAGACAGCAGUCGGUGGAGGAGCCGACGGGGGAGAACGUCCGCUGGCGACAUGUGGAUGUUGAAGAAUGGCCGGAGGCAGUGGCUCGGGCGGUGGAAGGCACACGCCGGAUCGGUCGACGCGUAAAGCGUCUCGUGAGGGUGCGGUACCGGGUAUCAGCAUCGGCAAACCAGGUCGAGGUGUCCGUCGAGGUAUAA